AUUAUAUUGUUCAUAAACAAAUAAUAAAAAGGCCUACAUAAAUACAACCGUCGAUCGCUUCACUUAUUUCCUUCAUACUAUCAACUCUUCUCUCCCUCUCUCUUCCUUUUCCGGCAUAACUUGUGUGUUACCCUAAACUCCAUAUCCUGUUUCAUCGAUAAAUUAAAGUGCCUUUGCUACUAAUAUCUAUCACUCUUACUACUUGUCGAAUAAUAAUUCAACAAAAAAAAAAAAUGUCGGGAAGAAGAUCACGUUCGAGGCAAUCAUCAGGAACUUCAAGGAUCUCAGAAGAUCAAAUCAAUGAUCUCAUUAUCAAGUUGCAACAGCUUCUUCCUGAGCUCAGGGACAGUCGUCGCUCCGACAAGGUUUCAGCAGCGAGGGUGUUACAAGAUACGUGCAACUACAUAAGGAAUCUGCAUAGAGAGGUUGAUGAUCUAAGCGAGAGGUUAUCUGAGUUACUUGCAAACACAGACACUGCACAAGCUGCUUUAAUCAGAAGCUUACUUACCCAAUAAUUCCUAUCUUUUUGUUCUUCUUCUUCUUCUUCUUCUUUUUUAUUGUUUACUAUAAUAAUAAUAAUAAUAGUUUGCGGAUUGAUUUUUCUAUAGAUGAUGACCUUAUAAACGUUGAAUGAUACGAGUUCGUCACUUCUGCUUUGGUCAUAAAUAUUCGCUUGUUUCCAAUAUAAAACCUUUGCCCUUUUUCGGUUAUCUUGUUUGUCUCCUUUUUCAUAUAUACAUUCGGUUAGGGUUUUGUUCACCAAAAGACUUGGCUAUGUUCAUUUUCCAAGCUUUUAUUUGUUUUGUCUUUUUUAGUAAUUUAAAACAUGUCAUAACAAGAGCUCUUAUAUGAAGAACAACGAAUUUGUAAUUUAAAAUAUGCCAUUUAAGAA